AUGGACAUGGGACCCUUCGCGCUGGAGGCCAUCUCGCUUCGUGUUGCGGGCGAGGCACUGCUCCGACCUUUGGUUGGUGAUGAUGGGCUGUAUACAGUGGCGGCUAUCCUGCUCGCCUGUCUUGGCGUGGGGAUACUUUGUGGCUUGGCCUGCAAGGCUCGCUCCCCUGGCCGCCUGGCUGCUACGGGACGCCAGCUACCUACCCCAGGACCCUCCUCUAUGCCUUCGAGUGCCCCCCAGCCGACGGAUUACGUCAAGUUGGAGGACCUGCAUGAAUUCCGCAAGCUGUGGGAGUCUGAUAUGCGUGACCUCCAUGCCAAGCUGGAAAAGCACCACGGGGUGACUCGUCAGCUCCAGGAUGAACAUGCUGAGGUGCUUGGGCAACGCAUUGGGGUCAUGGAAGGCAAGAUCAAUGGGCUUCGUACAGACCUGGGCACGUGCAACACUGAGAUCUCGGCCUGCAAGUCGAGGGUCAUGGAAAGCAAGGCGCAGCUCAGUGAGAGCCACAGGGACGUGCUCAAGUACCUGGAUGAGGAUCAUGCUAUGUCCGGCAAAAAUGUGGCUCUGAUCUUCGCUGAGGUCAAGGCCCUCCGUGCGACCUCUGGGGAGCUCAAGGGUGAGCACAGCGCUAUCCAAACGGUGCUGCACGAGAUGAGCAAGGAGAUGGUGGAAGCCAGGCGCGAAGUGGCCAACGUCACCAAGGAGGUCGGUCAUCUCUGGGGGCUCACGGAGAGGUUCACCAACUUGGAUCGGGAGCUCGAGUCCAUGGGAACGGCGCUCACUGAGUGCACGGGGGUCAUGGGUACCAACUUCAAUACCUACCAGAGCAUGGUUGACAACAUCCGCAACGGCAUCUACGAGUGCCUGGACCGCAUAGCGGUGCUGACACCGCCGGGCCGUGGUCAGCCAUCUAUGGAAGCCCCGACGAUCCGCAUUGAACCUGCAGCCUCGGGGGCCCGCCCUCUCAGCCUUCAACAGGCCAUUCCGCAGGCGGGCCACCCCCAAAGCCCCCAGAUCACCGUGGUUGGCCCGGGCGAAAACUUCAUCCGAGCUCUACUGAAUCCUACGCACCAUGGUUGA